GCAAUAUCGAAUCGUGCUUUGGAUAUACAUGGAGCACCUGGCUCUCGGAGUGCUCCAACAGACGUGCAGAAUGUAGACGGGAGCAGAGACCGCUCAGGGAGAGAGAUCGAAGUUCUGACUGCGACCCCAAGAUGUUCUUGCCAAGCGAGACCAGCGCGGCUGUUUCCGCAACAACUCACGCUUUCAACAUCUUCACCCAGCAAUUGCGCUGCCAGCACCAAUCGACCGAGCUGUAGCUCAAGCUUGCUACGAUGAAAUCGGCCGCAACGAUGCGUGCUCUACGCGUGCGACCGUCAAUCGCGCCUGCUCGUCUGCCCCAACGACCCUUCUCGCAUCCCACACGAUCUGCGACGAUAGCCGCCAACGAAGCCGCAAAGAACGUUCGGUCAGCAGGCACACGCACAAAGAACUUUGUCUACGGCACGCUUCUCGCAGCCGGCCUCUCCUUCGGCUACCUUUACGCCACCGACACCCGAUCGAGCAUCCAUGAAUGGCUUGUCGUACCCGCUCUGCGCCAGAUCUACCCCGACGGCGAAGACGCGCACCAUGCCGGUACCCGCAUGCUUGCAGCUCUCCACAGCUUCGGCCUGAACCCUAGAGAGCGAGGCGACGCCGACACCAAGGGCGACCUCGCGGUGGAGGUCUUUGGGCACACUCUGGCCAACCCAAUUGGGACAUCAGCUGGCAUCGACAAGGGCGCAGAGGUCCCUACGCCGCUGCUGGAGAUGGGUGCAGGUCUGGUCGAGGUCGGAGCUAUCACACUGCUCCCACAAGAAGGGAAUCCAAAGCCGCGUGUCUUCAGGCUGCCCAGCCAGAAUGCGCUCAUCAACCGCUACGGGUUCAACUCCGAGGGCGCCGAGGCCGUUGCGCAGAGGUUACGCCAGCGUGUCAGGGAGUUUGCGUAUUACGAGGGCUUCGGUCUUGGUGAAGAGGCGGAACGAGCAGUGCUCAACGGCGAGGCUGGCGUUCCUCCCGGCUCGCUGAAGCAGGGCAGGCUCAUGGCCGUACAGGUCGCCAAGAACAAGACCACAUCUGAGAACGACAUCGAUGCUGUCGUGCGCGACUAUGCGACUGCGGUCGAACACGUUGGCAAGUACGCUGACAUUCUCGUCGUUAAUGUCUCAUCGCCCAACACACCUGGACUCCGCACGCUGCAGAACGCCGAACCCCUCACACGGCUAUUGACCGGUGUCGUGGGUGCAGUUGUCAAGCUUGACCGAAAGACCAAGCCUGCCAUCAUGGUGAAGGUCAGCCCUGACGAAGAUUCAGAAGAGCAGAUUUCCGGCAUCGUCGAGGCUGUCUGGGACUCCGGUGUCGACGGCGUCAUCGUUGGUAACACGACGAAGAAGAGGCCUGACCCUCUUCCCGCAGGUUAUCAACUUCCUGCCCACGAAGCAAAGAUUCUUCUGGAGCAAGGAGGAUACUCUGGACCACAGAUGUUUGAGCGCACCCUCGCAUUGGUCAGCAAGUACAGGAAGGCGCUCGACGCUGGGCCAAAGCAACUGCCUCCGUCCGCCAGUGCAAAGCCCGAAUCUACAGAUUCAUCUUCGAUGACAAAGACGACCAUCGACCUCGACACACCCGCUCCCUCAUCAGCUUUUGACGACCUCUCCGAAUCCGCCCCGAGCGUCACCAUCAACUCCACACCAGACUCGGCUCCUGCACCCAAUGCACCGCGCAAGGUCAUCUUCGCAACUGGUGGUAUUACAAACGGUCGCCAGGCACGCCAGAUCCUCGACGCUGGCGCAAGCGUGGCCCAGGUCUAUACGGCCCUUAUCUACGGCGGUGCAGGCACCAUCAGCAGGAUCAAGCAGGAGAUGAGGGAUGAAGCGGCCAAGCAGAAGACAGCGACGAAGAACGAGGAGAUUGUGACAGGAAGAUGAUGCGUAUCUGUAGAUGGUAUUCGAAUUGAGUGUUGAGUACUCCUUCCAUCUUCUUCUCGCGGGUGUCAAUUCCUCUACCGUAACGAUCCCAGGCGCACUUGGAUGGGCUUUCUGCAAUUUCUCAUGAUGGCCACAUGUGUCUUGCGUAGAUUUAGGUUCACGUCUACACCAAAACAAGCUUUGGUCUGUAAGCUGACAUCGCACGGGCAGAAUGUCAGUACUACGCCCGCCAUGUACUAUCUUGCUUUAUCUCUUCUGCGCCCUUUCAUGUCAGCCUAAGUCCUGUAUACAUAAGGCCGACCCGUCAACAACGGGAAAUUCGACUUUGGACAUCUCGGCGAACUAUCUUUUGCGUCCGUCCUUCUAGCCAGUCGUCUUGCCGUCUCGAUCGUUCUUACUAGCAUGGCUCCUGUCGCUUCUUGCCCUCCUGUAUACCUAAUACUCAACCAUCCUAUCGGUCUUGCUACCUAG